AUGUACUCUAUUAAUGAUGAUCAAACUUUAUCAUAUUCAUCUGAUAUUGAUAUUUGUAAUAAUACAAGUUCUUAUUGUUCACCAGAAAAACGUCCGAUAACAAGUACACCACAUCCAACAAAUAAACCACGUGUGAAUUUUCAUUCUAUUGAAUCAUUAGCUAUCUCUUCUUUUACUCCUAUUUCAUCCCCUUGUCAAAAACAUGAUGAUACUGGUUACAAUUCUUCUAUUUCAAUUAGUCAUCUAACAAAAACUAGUGAACGAAAGUCUCGAAGAAAAUUAUCUGAUUGGCAAAGUUGGUAUUUAUGUCAAAUAUAUGCUCAAAAUCGAUAUCCAUCACCUAGUGAACAAGAACAAAUAGCAUCUCAACUUGCUUUACCAACAUCAUCAAUUCGUAUUUGGUUUCAAAAUCAUCGAGCACGAUAUGGAAAAAAAUGA